CCGCGCAUGCGCACUGACGCAUUCCUGCUGACGCGACUCCGACGAGGCGAUUUACGGUCCCGCCUGCGUGUUUUUAACGCAUUAAAUGUUCAAUUAACACCGCAGCAUCAGGACACCGAAACACCAGCCGGUUCACAGCUGCUCCUCUGAGUGACGUGUACCGCCGUGCGCGCCUCCUGCCGCCGGUGCCCGCGCUGCGCGGGUGUGUGUGUGAUCGCGAGAGCGCGCUCGUCGUGGCCGGGGCUUUGAGCAGCACGAGUGUGUGUCCCGUUAACGGCGGUCAUGUCCAAACUGGAGCAGAUCCUGAUCCUCGAGCCGUCGAACGACCUCCGCUUCAGAGGACCCUUCACAGAUGUGGUGACCACUAACCUGAAGCUGAGGAACCCGUCCGACAGAAGAGUAUGCUUCAAAGUCAAGACCACCGCCCCGCGCCGGUACUGCGUGCGGCCCAACAGCGGCAUCAUCGACCCCGGGGCCACCGUCACCAUCUCCGUUAUGCUGCAGCCGUUCGAUUACGACCCCAAUGAGAAGAGCAAACACAAGUUCAUGGUUCAGACCAUCUUUGCCCCGUCCAGUGUGUCAGAUCUGGAGGCCAUGGUGAGCUCUCAAACACACACACACACACACACACACACACACACUGUGUGA